AUGUCCGAAAAUUUCCAAAGUUCACCUUUCAUUGGGGAAGAAAGAGCUCUGAAGCCUUCUCUGCCUGUGCUGAGCAAUUCCACACACUCAGGAAGGGAGUGCAACAUCUCCAGAGUCUCCACCCCAGAUGUGAGUUCAACAUGGCUUCUGCCUUCAGCAUCCAGCAGUUCUCUCCAGCAACUCAUGGGUAAUGCCUACCUUAACCCACAUGCUGGCACAACCAUGCUGUCAGUGAUGACUGAGCAAGGCCAGAUCUCCACCUCAGCACCUUCCUAUCCAGGUGUUCUCAAGUGGGAUUUCACAGGAAGCAUGGAUGGGAGGAAAGAUGCACUCCAGGGAUUCAAUGUGAAGAUCAUUGACCAGGACACUACACUCUCCACUCUGGCUGUGACAAACCAGUGUGAUAAAAUUUUAGAUCCCAAUGCCAUGGUUCCUUUCUAUCCAACACUGUCUGCCAGCUUUGUCCAGGCCACACCACCGCAGAUGCCAAAUCAGAGAUACUGCCUGGCACCUUCCUACCAGGAGAGUAGCCAGGUCUAUUACUAUGAGCACAACAGCCUGGGCCCUCUGAUAGCUGAAGAAUUUAGGCAGUGUUUGCCAGCCCAUUGCUCUGUGUCUUACCCUGGGAGUCAGACCUGUGCGCUUCAAUCAGAGAUGGUGAUGGUGCUAAAGGAGAUUCAGCCAAGGAAUGUCCAGAUACCACUGUUUACCUCUCCCUUUGCCUAUUCCACAUCUGCUCAAUCCAUGCCAGACAACAGUCUUCCUGUAGUUCAAAGGGAGACAUCCCUGGGAUUGCCACCUUCAGGUCAGACAUACUGUCAGCUGCAGAGUCCUGAACUCUUCAAAACCUCUGGCCAGGCUUCCCAGAAAAGACCACCAGCUGUCAAUGGGGACAGGGCAUUAACAGCCACUAUCCACAGUCCUUCAGAAUUUCUAGCCUUGCCUCCAGCUCCAAACCAGGAAGAAACUAAGAACAAAACCAUGAAAGAGAUCAAAGAUGAAUUUUUAAAGAGUCUGGAUGCCUAUGAAGGCACAAAAGAAAACCAAGACACACCAAUCGUGACUUUAGUACACCCUGACUUUCAGCAGCAUCUGCACUGCACUGAUACUGAGAGCCUAAGGCAGAAGUCUGCUUCUGACGAUAUGCAUGUGGGGGACAUCAGCAUGUGUCCAAAAGAGCUUGGGGGCAUCCAGAAUGAGAUAGGUUCCAGCUUUGACUUUAAAGACAUCACUACACUUGAGGCAGACAUUCAACUUCCCCAACUCCUCAACACCCUCACAGAUAUAGACCAGUAUCAGUCCUGUGAAAACUGGAACAUCAUCAAUGAGGCCCCUGGCCAGGUGAGGAAGAAUAAACAUAAGUCAUCUGAGCUGCUUGAGGAAGCUCCUCAGGCCAAAAUCCAGCACCAAGACCUGGUGUUGGGAGAGGGGAAUGUGUAUGUGCCUGGGUCCAGUGACAGUAUUGAAAACACGGCAAAGAACCAGAAGGGUAAAGCUCCCAAGGUUACCCCCAGCAAGAACAGAAGAGUUAGAAAACAGGGGCAGGAAAGACCAAGUCGACCAGAGAAAAUCUCUAAGAAAACAGAGGAGCUUAAGCAGUCAAGGAACAGAGUCAAAGGAGAAGAGAAGCCCACCAUCUCCAAGACAAAGAGGAAGAGGAAUCCACCUGAGUUCAGUCAAAACAGCUUCAAGAAGCCUCGAACCAACCUUGGUAUGCGCAUGCUGGAGUCUGUGCAGGUCUUUCACCCACUGGGAAAGAGGAAUGAAAAGAAAACUGGCAUUUCCUCCUUUGCGGGUCUGCGGACCCUCACCAGCAACAAAGAUCCAGGCCUAGCCUCUGUUACUACAGCAAUGGUAAACAUGCCAUGUGAGGACAAGGGUCCUCCAAAAAGUCCUGGGAAGAUUCAGACAGUAAACAGCACUGCCAACAAAUACUGUCUAUCUCCAUCCAAGUAUGAGCUGCCCCCAGCUGGGAAGGUCAGGUUAGUACCUCUGCCUUUUCUAACCCAGGAGAAGCCUCAAGCCAGAGCUGUUUCUAAAAAGGCUCUUUCCCUGGCUUUACCAAGACCCACUGCAGCUUACCCUCUGCAGCCUCACUGCCAGUCAGCUCAACUUACCACACUCAGGCCAACCAAACCAGCUCCUGUCAGCACAUCUUUGAUGGCCUCUGCCAAGCCAGCUCCUCCAGUUUCCUUCAGAGCCACACAACCUAAUGUAACCAACACCAUCCAGUCUAGUACUGCACCCCAGUUGACCACCUCGAGGCCUGCACCCUACAGAGCAUCAUCUCACACUUCAUUCCAGAGAGAGCAUGUUUCUGCUGCCAGGAACAAGGUGCCAUCACCUCCCAAACCUCAAUCUCAAUACCUACUGCAAGACUUCAGCCGCCAACCAAUUCCAUGGAAGAAAGUAGACAUUCUGGGACCAGUUGUCUCACAGCCCAUCACAAAAGAGCAGAGGCCAGAGAGGGAGGCCAUGAAGAGGCAGGCUCAACAGGAGCGAGAGAAUGCUGUCAGGAACACCUCUCAUGGGAAACUGCAGAUUUUCCUUCAGAGGGAGAAGGACAUGGAAAUUUCUCAGUAUUAUGGCUAUGCAAUGUAA